CGCCACCAUUAUCAUCAUCAUCAUCAUCACUAUCGAGUGAUGAAAGUUUUAGUAAAUCUAAUAUUUUAAUACGUGAUAAUUCGGUUGAAAAACCACCACCACCAGAUCCAGAACGUUUUCUUUCCACCGGCUUACUGGUAUGGAGUCAUCGAUUUUCUGAUCUUUCAUCAGCAUUAAAAAUGGUAGAUAAUUAUCUGGUGAAAUAUGAUCCAGAAACGGAUCUAAUCAUUGAUGGUGAUCCAAUAUUACCGGCAGAUUUUUGUGAUUACAUUUUUCCCAUUAUGAUUGGUUAUCCAAAUGAAUUACCAAUUGAUCCGAAAUGGAUCAAAAAUAACAUAAAUCGUUCGAUGAAUCCGGGUUGUUAUCUGGUUUGUGCAAGAUCCACAUCCUCAAAUUGUUGGUCAUCAAUGGAACAAUCAAUCAAACUUGGCGUAUAUCGUACCGAGUUGACGACACAUCUAACACGAUUGGAUGCCAAUUUAUUGUUUGUUAUGCAAUCAGCAUGUAAAAAUGAUAUCAAUCUGAAUGUUACACAAUAUGUGGAUUUCAUUGAUGAUUUGGAUUCGGUACGUGAUCAUUUUUUUCCACAUCGUUUAUCACAGAAUAUGGUACAGGUUAUGGCACGUAGUUCACAGGCAUGUAAUCGUCAAGCAAUACGUGCAAGAACACAUUUACAGAAAUUGGUUGAUAUUCUAAGUCGUGAACCAAGCGAUGAAUCAUUAUCGAAUCAAUCAUCAUUGGAAGAUAAUUCGCGUAGUAGUAGUGGUGGUGGUAAAGAAAAAAUCAAAAGAUUAUUAAAACGUCAUGAUGAUUUGGUUCAUAUUUAUGUGGAAAAAUUACUGCCUGAUUUGUAUAAAGUGAAAGAAACAUUUGUAACGAAAAAACCAAAAGAUGAUCGAAAUUUUUAUUCAGAACGUUUCAAUUUUUUCCUUAGUAAAGACUGUUUCGCCAUUAUUUUGGAUCAAAAUUGUGCAUUUGAUAGAUUGCAGAGGAAAAUUGCCCGUGAAUCAGAAGAAAAACCAGGACCAUUUGUUCGUUUGAUUCGUUCCGGAGCGUAUGUCGCAAUCGAAGGCACACCUAGAUAUUGUAAUCUGAAAAAUCCACAUCAUACAUUCUAUACAAGAUCAAUAUUUCUAUGUCGACUGACAUCAUUUCCAAUGGUCAUCCUACAGGAAGGUGUUAAAUGUUUUGAUGCUUAUUACAAUAAUGAUGGUUUGGAUUUCACUUAUUUCGAUUCAAUACCAAUUAAUGACCUGUUAUAUGUUGAUUGGUAUCAAAUACAAAUUGAUUUAAAAAUGGACCAGAAUCCAAGAAUAUUCAAAGGUCAUAUAAUGUUUUGGAAUGAAAUGAAUGACAUAUUACCAACGUUGCCUUUUACGCAGAUGAAAUUUGAUCCAGAAAUGGCUGCCAGAAUACAAAUGCUUUGUAUGGAAGAAGAAGAAUCACGGCCAUAUCGCCCGCUGAUAAUAUUUACAUUACAACAAGUUCUUUAUACUUAUUAUGAUGUUUUGCGUUCAAGAUUAGAGAUUCUUUGGAAUCUUUAUUUUCGUAUUGAUGAUUCACAUAUUGAUCGAUUAUCUACGGCACAGAAAUUGGAUAUUGUUAGUAAUGGAAUAUAUUUCUACAUGAAAUCAUUCAAUUGUACAUACCUGUGGACACAACCGAAUACGGAUACAAUGGUCAAGGAGGAACGUAAUUGUGAAAUUACUGUUAGUUCUGUGGAUGUAACAGAUAUGGAUCUAGCAAAAAUCGGGUGGUCACAUCAAAUGUUUGAACAAUUCCUGAAUCUUUAUCUUGGUCGUCUGUAUCCAUAUCAAAAUUCAAUAAAACAAUGGCUGAUGGAUGAAACACGACGUAUUAAACGGCAACUGAUCGUACGGCCAACAACAUUGACAGAUAAACUAUUAUAUCGUAAUGGAUUUUAUCAGACAAAAAUUGAACAAUUUCAAAAAGAACAAGCACAAAAACCAAGAAAAUCAUUUCUAAAUAUGCCAGAAACAAUAAAAUCUUCUGCAAUCUACGGUAAUAAUAAUAAAAAGUCGGCAACAGGGUCGAAAAAAAUUUCAUUACAAAAAAAAUCAGCCAGUGCAAAAGUAUGUCUACAAAUAUGGUGGUUAACUAUUGUCAAUUUUUGA